AUGAGCAAGGAGGACUUUGGGUUGGAUGUAGGAUGGGUUAUCCGAAAAAAGAGCGAUGCUGUGAGUAGUGGGAGCGAAAGUGUGGUUGGAAAUGGGAGCGGGGAGCUGAAACAGCAGCAAUCAAAGGGGAGAAGCGGGUCAGAGACGCCGUCUCCCAAGUCUUCGACGGUCAAGAUAGCUGAAUUGGAUGCUAAGAACCCUGAUGUGACGACGCACAUCGAGAUUCUCGGGCCCAAUAGGAUCGUGAAGCAGCGCCGGAACUCGAGUGUCGAUAAAGAGGCAGGAAUUUCAGGGUCGGCCGGGGUGAUGGAUGGUCACGUGACUAGUGUUUUCGGGUUCCCCACGGGUCGCGAGAACAGUGUUGGUGCUGGUGCUGGUGGUGCUGGAGCGGGUGCGGCUUCGCCGCCCAGGACGCUGUCGCCGCCGACGGCGGCAGCUAGGGUCGGUAGGGGCAGAGGAAGCGUGUCGGUGGGGUCGAGCGUGGCCAGCUCGAUGUCUGAGCCGUUGAGAAGGACGCAAAGCGCAUCGUACCCGUCUGAGCAAGGUCAGAAGAGGAAGUCUGGCUUUUUUCGGAGUUUGUUUCGACGCAAGAGCUCGGCCGCGUCUUCUGCUUCCACGAGUCCCGAGCGUCAGAAAGGUAGCAGAGGUUCGGAGCCUGCUGCUGCUGCUCGUGCUGAUACCGAUGCUGGGCUGAAACCUCCCAGAGGAAGAAGCAAGUCGAUUUCAGCCGCUUCGACAAACGAAAAAAAAUUCCAUACCCCAUUGGCCGGAGAUUUGCUCGGGUACAAAGGGCCUGGCGACGCGGCAUCACGAGCUGACCACACGAAUGAUGGAGGGCCCUUGAAACGGGUCCAAACCGAAUCCCAAGUAUCGCAGCAGGACCUCGACCCCAGAUUGGAAGAGUUCAUCAGGUACUACAAGGAACACGGCGUGAACGCGUUCAAAAAUGAGUCCGUUAACCCAAGUACAGCCGGUGUGGAACACGAGGGAAAUGGGUUCCCACCGAUUUUACAAAGACCACCAGUUAGAGCCAAGGCAUCGUUCUCUCUCGACUCCACAUUGGUUCCGGAGGGGAAAGAAGAAUCAAAAUCUGACACAGAGAACGAGGGUCAAGAGAAAAAACGCAAGAUUCGACUGGACAAAAAGGGAAGGCCCAUACCGCCUCACCCUCCACGGUCUCGCUUACCUCCUGUACUCAAACUCAAGCCAUCGUACCAACAGCCACCAAGCACCAGCAGCAAUCACAAUUAUCAUCUGGAAUCGAGCAGCCAUUCGCCGCUUUCCGGAGCAAGCAAGUUCGGUUCUUUCUUGAAAAGAGUCACCUCCCAUACAGACGAGUCCGUAACGUCGAGCCAGCGCAUAUCAGCCGCAUCCUCGCUGGUGUCGUUGUCAAAAGAUAUGGACGACUCGUCAAUUGAGUCAUCGGAACAACCGAUUAAUAUCUCGGUGGUGCCAGGUUUAGAGAACUUGAAACCACUUAAAAGAGUUGCAUUUGCUGCUAAUACCUAUUUCAACGAUCCGCCACAACAAAUUUGUUCCAGAAAUCCAAGAAAGGGUGAAGUGGAAGUGAAACCCGAUGGAUCCGUCGUUAUUCAUAGGCUCACACCGGCAGAGAAGCGUGAGAUCUUGGAAAAUUCGAGUUGCGGUAUUGUUGUAGGUGGAACAGGUCAAUUGAAGUUGAUUAACCACGACAAGAACUCAUCCGUAGCCAACGAACACGAAGGUGUUGCCCUAAAGCAACAUGCAGAAAAUGAAGAAGAUCACGCAACACAGCGUCGUAACAUUGAACUUGCUGCUGCUGAGGCCGCAGCCGAGGCGCGUGCAAAGGACGCUCCGCUAGAUCUCCAAAGAACAAUAACCAAUAAUGAGGAAGAAGUCACAGUCAAUAACACCGCAAAGAAGGUCACCAUUGAUAAGCCAAUGAUAUCUAGGAAAAAGGGGUCCACAACUUCACUAGCGUCUAUGAUGUCAUCAGACUCCGGUCUGUUGCCAUCCGAAGAUGAAAAUGACGUGUUACCGCCAAGAAACAUCAAGAUUCCUCACGAUGUUGUGUACACUCGUUGUUGUCAUCUAAGAGAGAUUUUGCCAAUACCAGCAACAAUGAAGCAGUUGAAGAAGGGCUCUACUGAUCCUAUACCACUGUUACAACUAAGGAAUCCUAAACCUUCAAAAGUGGAAGUAUUGUCCUUCAGUGACUUCUUGAGCAUUGCACCAGUGCUAUGCCUAUCUCUUGAUGGGGUAGCAUUGAGUGUCGAAAUGCUAAGGAUUAUCCUUAGCUCUAUUACCUAUAAGGACAAUUUCGAGAAACUAUCGUUGAGAAAUACCCCGCUUGAUGCGGAGGGUUGGAAAGUGUUGUCUUAUUUUGUGUCGAGAUGCAAAAGUCUCAACUCUUUGGAUGUCUCAAUGGUUCCCGGAUUAGCACUAAAUGUGCAGAAGCCUUCAAAGUCGUCCAGCAACUCAAACGUAAAUAGGAUGAAAUGCAAUAUGGAAAAUAGAUCCGAUAUGAACUGGAGUUUGCUAAGCGCAGCAGUUGCAGCCAAGGGUGGCCUAGAAGAGAUGAUUGUUUCUGGAGCCCACAUGAACAUGUUCCAGUUACAAAACUUCAUUGAUAUUGCAUGGACAAAGACCGUUAGACUCGGGAUGGCGUAUAAUGAUUUAACAUUUGAACAGUGCGAAGCCAUUGCAAAAUGGAUGUCUAAUUCUAGAGUCACUGGUUUAGAUUUAGGAUUUAACGACUUGGACGGUAAAGUAAGACCUUUUGUCGAUACUGUAAUUGAAAAGACUAACAAGGGUAAAAACGUUUUCAAGUAUUUAUCGCUUAACUCAACCAAUUUAUCGGUUCCAAAGGGGGCAAAGUCGGAAAAUAACGAUGUUUUAGCAUUGUUAAACGUUUUAUGCUAUUGUGAUAAUUUGAAGUUCCUCGAUUUAUCCAAUAAUCCUGGGUUGUUCCCUUACUCUAUGAGAACUUUAACAGCAAUUUUACCAAUGUCUGUAUCAUUAGUCCGUUUGCAUUUGGAUUACGAUAAUUUAUCUACCACUACUGUUAUGCAGUUGGCAGAGGUUUUACCUAUGUGUCAACGCUUGAAUUAUAUAUCGUUGUUGGGUACUCGUUUAAACAUCAUCUCAGCUAGCGCUCUAGCCACCGCGGUGAAAAACUCCAACAAUAUUAUUACAAUGGACAUUGACUACACUAACGUUCCUGAUAGAAUAAAGGAGAAGAUUUCCAUUUACAGUAUGAGAAACACUCAAAGUGAGCUAGAGCAGAUCAACAAGGAAGGUGGUAACGAUGAGCACCUUAAGUUAAGAUCAUUACAAGAAGAGCUUGCGAGAUUGUUAACCGAAAACUCUGCUUCUAGAAGGGACUACGAUACAGUUGUGUCCAACUUUUACGAUCGUAUCCAAUCAGUUCGGAGUAAAUUACAUGCAGCUACUGAGGAAUUGUUCAAAUUGAGAAUCAAUGGUGAACUAAGUACCGAGGGAAAGGAAACUCUAAUCAAAUUCUGCUUCAUAGAGGCAAGUUUCGAAAGAGGCUUGAAGCUUUUAGCUAAGAAGAGUGGGAAGAGUGGAAUCUUUAGUGGAAGUAAUCAGAAUGUUUCCGGUAAGGGUAAAGGCUCAAAUCAAUUUUCAGAUUCUUCUGAUACACCACCACCUGAGGCAGAAGCCGAUGGGAAAAAAUGGCACAGAGAUCCUCUAUCGUCAUCAAAGUAUGCUACUAGUGGACAUGCGGCUUUGCUACCUUUCCACCAACCGGCAACAGAAUCCUACGAACCGGCAGACGAAGCAGUUGAGUUGACUGGCGCUACGGAUGAGGUUCAAAAUGAAGCGAAGGAGCAAUUAAAGGAGGAAGGUGAUGUGUUGAGGAGAACCAGAGGUUUAAUGAUGGAGCUUCAGAAUACAGCUGAUAAACGGGGCCAGAAAUUAAACAAAGAAGUACUUCAACGAGUGGGCGAAGGUGUAGAUAGUGAACGCAUCAAGAACCUACUACUAAAUCAAGAUAUAUCGUCGGUAAUCGCCCUUCUAGACCAACUGAGCGCUCAAGGCUAUAAUGUCGAUGAUAUUUUCAAGAAGAAAAAAGAAGAUAAACGAUCUUCAACUCUCCUUUCCCCCUCUACUUCUUCAUCCUCUACUGAUGACCAAAGGUCAAGUACUGUUCCCGAGCAUAGCUCAGAUUCAAAGGAAAAUCAUAAUGGCGAAGUACUAGAAGAUUCCAUCUCUAGUGAAGAAGAGGAAGAAGAACAGAUGGACCGUGCAUUUGAUGAUGUGUUGGAUACCAUAGAGCGCACAAGAGAAGAACUAAUGCCAGGGACCACCGUCUCAACGAAACCCUCAACUUAA